UCAGUCUCUUACCUCCUGCGCUUCUGCACUGCUCUUCCACUUCGCUUUUUUCGACGUUUUUACCUGCACGACCUUCCCAUUCCCAUUCCCAUUCCCAUUCCACGUCUACGACCUUCACGCUUGACACGCUAGACUUUGCAUUCAUCGCCGGACGAUACUUCACAGAUCCAAUUCUUACGACCAUGUCCUCAUCCUCCAACGUCUCCGCCGUCGCGCACGUUGUGGCCUACCUCACGAACCCCCUCCGCUCUAUGCAGACCAUCCCCCAUACCUGCAUCACAUCCGCGCAGGUCAUCCUGACCGCGUCCCUCUCCGGCACGCGCGCACCGUGCACCACCCUCACUCUGACGCUCGCGACGCCCCCGCCGGCGGUGUUCGCUGCGUCGAUCGGAUCGAACAUCCCAUGGGCCGUGUGGUUUGCGGCGCUCGGUGGGCAGGCGGACGAGACAGUGUCGAUCGUGUUCGGGCCGCGGUUCGUCAAGGCGCGGGUUGGGAACGGCGCGGUCGUCGAUGUGUGGAGGUGGAGCCUUUCGAAUGGCGGGAGUGUUCCGCAACAGCGACCGCAAAAGAAAGCAAUCAAAGUGGCUACCGCCGAGGAUGAGCAGCCGACUCUUUUGCGGCUCCGAGCGACCCUGUUCGCCGCGCGCAUGCGGACCAUGCGCCGCCAGCCUGUGAACGAUGACGCCGCCAGCAGUAGCAGCAGCAGCAGCAGCAGCUCGGACUCUGAAAGCGACUUUUCCGACUCCGAAAGCGAUACCGCUUCGUCCGUGACCUCGUAUCGGAUUUCCUCUCCCGUCGAAAAGCCUGCGCCUGCGACAGUCAGGCCCACUUUCGCCCGUCGUCUGCCAGCUCCCUCGGCUGCUGUGCAGCAGCGCUCGGCCAAACCGACCCCCAAGGUCUCUUACCUGUACCAGGGUGGUGUCACCCGUGUCAUGACCGGGGGUGUCAUGCUCGGUGGUGCCCGCUCGUGAAGAUCUCAACGACCAACGACUUAAGCCUUUCUCCCGUCUCUUAUAUGAUGUAUCCCACAGUACCAGUCCGUUCCACUUCCUGUAGCUUGAGCCAUCCAGCUUAGAAAUCUGUACUUUUUAGUCUCCUCGUCUAUCUCCUUGUAUUUCUAUUCCUUCGCUAUUUGUUGUUGUGCUUUGGAGCUCUAUCAGCCGG